AUGUCGUUAAAACGUUGUUGGCGUUUCCUUGUGGGAGGUCGGGCCCUCGCCGGCACAACGGCGCUUUACCGGGGCCGGCACGGCGAUGCUGGGGGGGUGUUUUACCUCCCGGGUCCGGCACCUCGAUGCUCUGGGGGGUUUGACCUCCCGGUGCCGCCUCCGGUCCCGGUUCCACCGCCGGUCCCCGCUCCUUCUCCCGCCACGUGGCCGGCGACGACGCGUAUGAAUGACGUCACCGCGCGGCGCCGCACGAAGGUGACACGCCGGGCGGGCAAGAUGGCGGCGGCGGGCGGCGGCUGCCGGAAAUGUCUCCUCAGCGGCGUAUGGCUCAUAUCCAGCAGAUACCCCGUCCCUGCGCUCCACGGGGGCACGUACAGACUGAGCAGACCCAUUUCAGAGCUCCAGCAGUCUAGAUGCUACUCUUCUGGAGGAAGAAAGGGGUUUAUAUCGGGUUUUGUGGAGAAUAUCAAACAGGAAUUAGCAAAAAACAAGGAGAUGAAAGAAAGUAUUAAAAAAUUCCGCGAUGAAGCCAGAAAGCUGGAAGAAUCCGACGCGCUUCGAGAAGCAAGGAGGAAAUACAAAACCAUUGAAUCUGAAACAGUGAAGACCUCAGAAGUGAUUAAAAAGAAACUCGAAGAAAUAACCGGUACAGUGAAAGAGAGUUUGGAUGAAGUAAGUAAGAGCGAUAUUGGCCGAAAGAUAAAGGAAGGUGUGGAAGAAGCGGCAAAAACGGCGAAGCAGUCUGCGGAGACAGUGACAAAAGGAGGGGAGAAAUUAGGCAGGACUGCAGCCUUCAAAGCUCUUUCUCAGGGAGUAGAAACCGUUAAGAAGGAAAUAGAUGAAAGUGUUUUAGGGCAGACUGGUCCUUACAAACGUCCGGAGCGACUCCGGAAAAGAACAGAAUUCUCAGGCGAGAAGAUUAAAGAGGAGCGAAUAUUUGAAGCUAACGAAGAGGCCAUGGGAGUGGUGCUGCAUAAAGACUCCAAAUGGUAUCAGCAGUGGAAAGAUUUCAAGGACAACAACGUGGUCUUCAAUCGGUUCUUUGAAAUGAAAAUGAAGUACGAUGAAAGCGACAACGCGUUCAUUCGAGCUUCCCGAGCUGUCACGGACAAAGUCACUGACUUAAUAGGUGGAUUGUUCUCGAAGACAGAAAUGUCCGAGGUUUUAACAGAGAUACUCAAAGUGGAUCCAUCCUUUGAUAAAGAUCGUUUUUUAAAGCAAUGUGAGCGAGAUAUAAUCCCCAAUGUCUUGGAGGCUCUGAUGUCUGGAGAGCUUGAUAUCCUCAAAGACUGGUGCUAUGAAGCGACUUACAGCCAGCUCGCCCAUCCCAUCCAGCAAGCCAAGGCCAUGGGGCUGCAGUUCCACUCCAGGAUCCUCGACAUCGACAACAUCGACCUGGCGAUGGGGAAGAUGAUGGAGCAGGGACCAGUUUUAAUCAUCACUUUUCAAGCUCAGGUCGUGAUGGUCAUUAAGAACCAGAGCGGGGAGGUGGUGGAAGGUGACCCGGACAAGGUUCUGCGGAUGCUGUACGUGUGGGCGCUCUGCAGGGACCAGGACGAGCUCAACCCCUACGCUGCCUGGAGGCUGCUGGACGUUUCCUCCUCGAGCACCGAGCAGGUUCUCUGAGCGCAACCCAGGGCUUUCCCGUUCCUCUCGCCCGGCGCCGCCGCCUCCGGCCGCGCACCGACUGCUGCCAGAUCCAUUCCUCUGCACAACACCGGGCCGCUCGGUGCGCCCUCGUUAACACCAACCCCCGUAACGAACUGGACGACGUGGCUGCCUUACGCUUUGCUGUGUAGUACCGCACUGUAAGGGCGUACGGUGGAUCUCAACGUGAAUGCUCUCAGACACUAGCAGCUGCUGUUGGCUCCUUUGUUAAUUGUGGCCGAAGGAGGCCGGUUGGGGUCCCGUGUGUUUCCCAGUGGUGGACAGAGGUGGGUAUUGGAGAGGGAGAUGUGCCAGGUCUAGUUCCCAUCCGCUGUCAUCCUUUGGUGGCCUCACAGCAUCUCUUAAAAUAUCUUAAAGGUGCUUUGAAGGCACGUUGUCUCAGCUAACGUACAUCUCAUGUUCACAACUUCACCAGUAAACCUUCCGGUGCUGCCGUGUCUUGCACUUUACCGAACCAAAUACAAUCGGGACUUUGCACAUGACUCGUUGGGUUGGGAGUGUUGGAAUCAUCUCCCGGCCACUUGCAAGGGUGGAGUUUGCUGCCAGUGAUAAUAUUUGUAUAUCCACAGGGGGAAUAUUAUCAUUUCUGGUGUUCUGUUCAUUGUGUCAAGAGCGCACAACUGCGUUUCUCUGUUGGGUUAAUCUGAUGGUGGGAAGGCGAUGGGCUCUGAGGAAGCAGGCAGAGGGUUAGAGAUGGACAGAAUAGCAGCAAAUAUGUAAAUAAAAUGCAAUAACAGGCAGAACGUCACUUCUUGUAGCUCAGGUAUUAUGUGACAUGAGAAAAGAGGGUGCAGUUCACACACGUACUGCAGAACACGCAUGGUUUCUUCACCAGAUGACUUGCGAUUCGGGGGGUGGCACUUGGGGAAGAGCUGCUGGCACACACGGACUCUGGGGUUUGGGCUUUGCUGGAGGUUCAGGUUGGGGCUGUGAUGUGGGUCGAUCCAUCUGCCUCCUCUUAAUGGAAAGUCAGGUUUGGGGCGAGAAAGAAAUCGAUUGUGGAAUAGGAAAUCAAAGCACUGAUGUGCUGCCGUGUUCUGCCUGUGCGCAAACCAGGCUGAUGCAGGACAGCACUUCCUUGACAUUAAAGAGAAUAAUUGCCAGUUC